AUGAACAUUCUAAUCUGGGUAAGCAUACUUUGUUUAAUUCGCGAUGGAGAGGCCAAAUUAGUCGAAGGACACUUGAAAACCACUACGGAUUGGGCAUUUCUGGCCAGAUUCUGUUUUCUAUCGAACCAUGGACGGUACCAGUAUGAGAUUGAGUACGAAAAACGGUACGGGGAGUUAAAAUUGUUGCUCUACUACGAUGACAAAAUGCAAUGGCCCGCUGUGUACAAAACUGAGAAGACUUGUUCCGAAAAGUUAUCCGUUUUGAGCGCGAUCGACAAUCAAAUCGUGCAUUUAACACCGAGAAAUCACCUCUACUCUGGAUGCAGCCUGCUAACGCAAAAUUCCCGAGAAAAUGGUGGAAUACCGAGAAAAUCUAGCCCGGAUCCAACAGUGGGACGUACUCCCUCGAAUGACGAUGACACUUUUACGUAUGAUCAGUUUUUGAAAACAAGCACACCGGAAGUGAGUGUGGGUACGAGUGAGGGAUUCGACUGGAACGUGACGGAUAUCGAUUUAUCUACCGUGGAGAACAGCACAUUUGAACCGAUGAUGUUAGACCCGGUUCAGAGUGUCGAAUUCAAUAGUUUGGAAAAUAGUACCGACUACAAGGUGUACGUGGAACAACUUUUCGACAGCUCAGCAGAGGGUGAGGGAAAUGUGACUCGAAUAAGACGAGCUGCAAAGUAUGACUCAAAGCUGAUCAUAAGUUGCAGCAAUCAUGGAACGUUCACCAGCUCCAGACAGAGGUGGUGGUAUAUUGCUAUUUCGAACUGUGGAAGCAACCGAGGAUUGGAUGUGUUUUACAGGUUCAAGAUGACAAAUGGAGUUCCGGGAGAUUUUUGGCAUGAGCAUUAUUCUGCCGAUGAAAUGUACAUCCCCCCAAUACUUCUGGUCGAAUCUAUUGCAUACACACUGCUGCUGUUGGCGGUAUUCCUGUGUGCCAUCGAACUGAAGUCCCGCCAUCUGUACCAUUGCACCUACCGAUUGUUUGCGCUGAGCGUGCUCCUACAAUGGUUUGGGGUGCUUCUGCUGAGCACCACCUGGGCCAAGUAUGCCGUUUCCGGAAUUGGACCGUUCACCAGCUUCGGUGGGUUCUUCACCAGUGCCAGCGAAAUCACGUUUCUACUGUUACUACUUCUGAUGGCCAAAGGAUACACGAUCACCCGAGCCCGACUGAAGACCUGCUCUACGGUUAAGAUUACGGUGUUUACAAAUCUCUACGUUAUUGUGUAUAUUACACUGUUUAUAUAUCAGUCCGAGGCAUUUGACCCCGGAGAAGUACUGAACCUGUACGAAUCACCUGCCGGAUUUGGUCUGGCAGGACUUCGUUGCGUGAGUUGGGGUUUCUUUAUUUAUUCCAGCGCUGCCACGAUUCGCAAGUUCAGCGAAAAAGGACCGUUCUAUUACCCAUUCACUCUGCUAGGAUCGAUGUGGAUCAUGAGUGGACCGAUCCUGACGGUUGUCGGUGUGAACGUGCUCGAUCCAUGGGUUCGGGAGAGUGUCAUGUUCGGAGCACUUGCAGUGGUAGCAUUUUCGGGCCAUUUGGCAUUCCUUUGGCUGACGUGGCCUUCGAGGGCUAACAAGAGCUUUCCAUACCACGUUCGAACUAAUCAUGUAGGAAUUUCAACUGUUGACGAUGAGGUGAACUAUCCAAGGCAUGCAUAUGAACCGGCACCACCGGAAACUGGAAUCAUUAUUCCGCUGUCAAGUAACACGGCAACCCUGAAUGGGAUCUACGACCAGUACCUGCGCGAACGAGACAUCUACCACAGCACUUCGACGCCAAUCAGCUACGCGUCAUUCCCGGUGGCGGCGAAAAAUGUAAACAACAAUCAUCAUGUCCGUCAUCAAAAUCACAAUCUCACCCUUGCCAGGCCUCAACCAUCAAUCAGCGAAUCCCUGGCAGAGGACAAUCAACACAACAUCUACAGCCCACCUGCUAGUGCUCCGCAAAGUUUGGUCAUAAGUAACGGAAGGCAUGGUGGCGAUAACAACAAUAACAACAACGAUGACGAUGGAAAUAACAACAACUAUGGCAACGACAUACUAGUCGAUUCCGGGCAUCCUUCGUUGGACAUUUCGAUUUCGACAAGCCCUCCGAAGCACGAUGGCACCGGUUCGAUCAAUAACAAUCAUAUCGAUGAGAAUGGCGUCCAGAGACCUCUUUCGGAUAUGGGCAGUAUCACACCGUCGGCACCCCCAGCUCUGGAUGCGACGGAUAUCAACAGCCCCAGAAUGGAACCGAAGCCUUUCAAUCCCUUCAUUGUGGGUGCUGCUGCGGCGGCAGCUGUGGCUGAGGAAAGGCGACGCAAUAAGAUCAUUCUGCCCAGUUUGGAAGGACAUCAUGCCGACGGUACGGUUCCGAAGCAUCUAUUUGCUGCAAAGCGCGAGGAGAGAACGAGUUAAUCUGGGUUAUAAGAGCAUUAUGUAGUAUACGUUUUGGUUGGUUGUGACACGUGUAUAACAGUUUUGAUUCAGUUGAUGUGCACAUAUAAAUGA